CUGCCUGCGGAAGCAGAAGCAGCAAGCUUACGGGUGCCUCGCCUUGUCCCUCCCUCGCUAAGAAGAGACGCCGCCGCCGCCGCCGCGGAACCAGCCGCCAUGAAUGUUGGCGUGGCCCACAGUGAGGUGAAUCCCAACACCCGAGUGAUGAACAGCAAAGGCAUUUGGCUGGCUUAUAGCAUCUCGGUGGUUCUCCUCCACAUCAUUCUUCUCAGCAUUCCCUUCUUUAGCGUUCCUGUGGUUUGGACCCUGACCAAUGUCAUCCAUAACUUGGCAAUGUAUUGGCUCCUACACACAGUGAAAGGGACCCCCUUUGAAACACCAGACCAGGGCAAGGAUCGCCUCCUCACACACUGGGAGCAGAUUGACUAUGGCAUACAGUGGACCUCCUCUCGCAAAUUCCUAAGCAUCUCACCAAUUGUCCUAAUAUAGUCCGGCCCACCACAUGGUCUGAGGGACGGUGGACUGGCCCACGGCUGAAAAAGGUUGCUGACCCCGAUGAACUACUGUAUAGAUUCCAUCUCCUUCCAAGUGAGGACAAAAUCAUUGCAUUAAUGGCUCUGCCUUGCUAUAUUUUUCUUGUGAAGAAUGGGGAGUAUUGUGUGGCUGGUGAAACUGCACCAAGCUGCUUAUUUUCUGCUACCCAGAAGGCUGCAGCUGGAAUAUGCACACCAUAUAGUUGCAGCAAUGCUAAUUCUUUACACACACACACACACCUACCUUCCUCAUAGUCAAAUCAGCCCUAGUUUAGUUUUUAGUAACUCCAAAAGUUUACAUGUUUUCAUAUAUCCUUCAGCCAAUAUUCAAACAAUGCUGUGGUCGUACAGCGGCCCAGAUGUUGGUUUUAGUUCCUGGAGGCCAACAUAGGAAGGAUUUUGGAGGAUAGGCAAUAUCAAUAAUACAUUAACAAAUCUUGCUUUUAAGAUGGUUCCCACUCCCCAAAAUACCUUGAGCCACACCUGUGACAAGAUUAAUGGCAACAAAAAGGCAUGGGGAGAGGGGACACGGGCACACACACAAGCAUAGAUAUCACAUGUGUAGAAGGACUCUUAUGGUUGGACUCACCGAGAUGGGAUCUCUUACCCAUCCACUGAGAAUGUGGACUUGGUACAUCCUGGCAACUGACUGACAUGAGAAUGUCACUCCAUCACAUACACGCACAGUCCAAUUUAAACCAAGACCCAAUGACUUUAAAUGCAUUUUAGUGUUUUAUUUCUUCCUUUAAAAAACCUUCGAGAGAAGCAAAACUGGGAACCAGUUCUGUGGAACUUUGAUUGUAAAUUAGAAACAUUUCAAAGCUACCACCUGGUAGAAAACAUGCCACGUACAAGGGUGCUUUCGUGUUUGCUUUUAUUUAUUUUUUAAAAGGAGUAUGUUUUGUUUUCAACGCCCUUUAUUCUCAUCACG